AUGGCCUCCAAACGGAAAGCCUCCAAGGCUGGUCUUUCGGCAACCCGUGAUGGAACCAACUCUAAAAAGUCCAAUCGAGGAGGAGACCCCCCCGAGGUCGUGGCCAAGUUUUUUUCUACCCUGAUAUCUUCUCUUAAGACCUUUUUCACCCCAACAGACCUCGCACCCUUUGACUCGCUGCCGGACAAGUCCGCUUACCCAGACUACUACGUCACCAUUGCUUCGCCUAUUUCACUCUCAGAUAUUUACAACAAACAUUCUAAUGGCGCGUAUCACUCUUCCCAGCAAAUUCUCGAUGACUUUGACUUGUUGUGCGGCAAUGCUCAGGCUUACAAUACGCGUGGGUCAGCCAUCUUUCUAACCUCGCUCAAACUGUUUAGUUUUGUACACAAGUUCAAUCUGAUGCGCAAGAUCCCCCCUGAGUUUAAGUCUUACGCUUCCAAUGUUUUGGACAUGGAGGCCCGUGUCCUUAACGAGGUUCAGUACUAUAAACCCCGAAUCAAAAAUAGUAGAUUUAUGUGUGACCCCUUCGUCGAGGUUCCAUUGCGCAAGGAGUACCCCGAUUAUUACAAAAUCAUCAAAUCCCCAACCUCCAUUCUUAAUGUCAAGACUUCCUUGUGGCAUGGCAAGUUCUUUGAGCCCACAAACUUUCGAGAUGCUGUGGUCCUCAUUUUCGAAAAUGCCCAACAAUACAAUGACCCGGAGAGCACCAUUUAUUCAGACUCUAUCGCACUCCAAAAAACAUCUAUCAUGCGUUUUGACCGUAGCUUAAAGCAACUUGAAGAAAACAACACCCCCCCAGAAGGUUUCUUGAAUUGGGCCUCCAAGUUUGACUAUGCUGCAGCCAAAGAUUACCCGGAUGAGGAGGACAACAGCAGUGAAGCUAAUACUAGUGAAACUAUACAUGUUGUGAACGGCGCACCCAAAACACGUACUACCCGCAGUACUGCAGAUCAAAAACAACAACAAGCUAAUGGAAACUCUGGGUUAAAAAUCAAACUCAAACCAGGGUCGGCUUCUCCACCUUUGCCUAAGCGCAUUAAACUUAAGGCUUCUGAGCAGGAAUUCAUAGAGCCAUCUUCUGAACAACAAGAGGAUCAACCUCAUUCAUCAUACCAUCAAUCUUCGUCGACGUCCUCUCCAACUUCACCGAAUCCUGCUCCUUCUUCUCACCGCAUCAAGAUCAGUCUCAGAUCCUCUUCCAAAUCCAGGGAAGACGACGAGCAUGUUCCACAAAAAGACAACAAGCCGUCGCCAAAAAUCACCAUCAGUACAUCCAAACAACAACAGAAGAAUGCAUCGUCACCUGCCAAUAAUAAACAAGAGAGUAAUACAUCCGAUAUUAAUGCUACGACUACUACUGCCGUCUCUAUGGCCACAACAAAGUCUGCAUCCCCUCCGAAAUCCGUUAAAAAUGCUCAUGCUAAGGACCUCUCUCAAAAUUCACCAGCACCAGCAACGCAACAGUCUCAGAAAAAGCAGCAGUCACAACCUCAACAGCAGGCUACAGAUCUCAAGGCGGCUACUUCAACCCCUCCUAAAAAACGCGGUCGCCCACGUACCGUUACAGCAGAGCGUGCUCCUGACAAUGUUACACGUCAAACCAAAUCAGCCGUUGCAACUACAGCGGUAACGACAACACCAACUCCAUCAUUAUUAAAAAAUGCAACAGCUACACCAUCUUCUUCUUCUUCCUCAUCAAAAUUAUCGACAUCUGCUAUCUCAGCACAAGUAAAUGUCCCAUCUGUACCUACUCUUGCAUCUGUAUCUUCUCAUGCUAUACCAGCAGGUCCUCAAUCCUUGGUGACAACUGUUCCUUCAGAUUCAUCGACUCUGACAAAUGGCACUUUGGUGCCAACAGGAUCACUCUCUACAUUACCUGAAAAAGCUUUGCCUGAGAAACCUCUCCUGGAUACAACUGUUAAUUAUAGUUCGAUUCGUCGUUCUAAGGAGGAGCCAGUAUCUGAUGCGCUCAUCAAGUAUAUUUCGUUUUCUUCACUUGUUCCGUCUAUCAGCAAAUACCACCAGUCUAAGAAUCCAAUCCCCCCCACGCAGCAGCUUAGCAUGUUUCAAAUUCAUUUCCCUGUUUCGGAACAUUUCCGUGAACGUGCUUUUGCCUUUUGGGUACCAUACUUCCAUCAUACCUUUUCUCUUGUAGCUCUACUGAAUGAGUCUCUUAACCAUCGACAUCACUUUGUUGUACUUACCCAUAACGGCACUCUUGUGCAACCUUACCAAUCGUCGAUCACAUCGCCUUGGGCAGAUCCCAAUGCACCCAUUUCAUCGCGCUUUGAAGUACGUUUGGCCACAGGACUUAAUCUUCUGGAGUUUGUGGUAAGUGCAUCGGCUGAAAGUGGUGGAAAUGAUAACAAAAAUGACAGUAACGGCAUUAGUGGGAGUGGUAACAGAAUUGACAGCCCCAACUUGAGCGGUGACAGUGGCAGCGGUGGUGGUAGUGGUAGUGGUCCAGGCAAUAGUGGUAAUAUUGGCGGUCCCAUUUCCAAGGUUGGCAAGAGGGCCUUGACAGCCGCACUCAACAGCAUUCCUAGCGGAUUAUCGGCAACCGGCGGGACAAGCAGUGGUGCCAACAGUGGAACAACGACGCCUUUGCUGCUACCUUCAUCGCGGCAUCAGAGCGUGGAUCCACAUGAGGAAAUGGUGACGGAGCGGUUGAGUCUAUGGAUCACAAUGGGCCCGUCGCCAUAG